CGCCGUGUCCCGCCCGGUGUAACUAGAGGCGAGUGAACUGAGCGGAGACUGGCUGCUGCUGUUUGCUGGUCACUGUGAUGCUCUGCUCAUUCCUGCCUUCACUCGCCUCCCAGAGCAACGGGUCCUUGCUCAGCCUUGGGGAGGGAGAGACUGGUGCCACUUUCGUCCCACUCUCUCUCGCUCUCUCUUUCAUUCUUAUCGCUCCGUUUAGAGAAGCUGCAAAGAGCGACGGACCUCACUUGGAUCAGACGCCCGCUGGAGCACCGAGCCCUGUCCGGAUAAGGAACCGGGAACGGACUGGAUCUCUCCCUCUCUAGCCCAGGACAAGGGGCGCUGGGGAAGUGAAGGCGGGGGAGAUCUACCACCAGCUUUUCUGCACCGCUCUUUAAGGCAGCAUUGAGCUGCCGGCUUGGGGCGAUAUUAACGCGUGAAAUUGGUGCGCUCCGUGCCCUCUCUCCUCCACUUCUCCCCGCGAGUUUGCCUCGGAUUUCCCUGGGAAUGGAGACGACUUUGUGUUGGAUUUCGCUUCUCGCUGGGUUCGCGCUGUCGCCCGUGGUCAGCGGGGAAUCCCCCAGGUCGGCAAACGAGACCACGGGGAGACUCAAUUCUCAUUCCCAGCAAAUGGAGCUGGUUCUCCCGACCGCAGCCUGGUCCAAGCAGAACGGGCUCUCUCACUGGGACAGCCGGACCACCGACAUCCCGGGCGGGCUACGGGACAUCAACACGUCGGCUGCCAAUGCCAGCAAUUUCCCCUCCUGUCACAAGGCGCUCGACAGUGGCCGCACCUUCAAGUACAUCAACGCGGCCAUCUCCUGUGUCAUCUUCGUGGUCGGGGUGAUCGGAAACGCCACUUUGUUAAGGAUCAUUUAUAAGAACAAAUGCAUGAGGAAUGGACCCAAUUUGUUGAUCGGGAGCCUGGCCCUGGGAGACUUGUUCUACAUCACGAUCGGCAUCCCCAUUAACGUCUAUAAGCUUCUGGCACAAAAUUGGCCUUUUGGGAUUGUUAUUUGCAAGCUCGUGCCUUUCUUACAGAAAGCAUCGAUGGGGAUCACAGUGCUGAACCUUUGUGCUCUGAGUGUGGACAGAUACAGAGCUGUUGUCUCCUGGAGCCGUGUUCAGGGGAUCGGAGUACCACUACUGACUGCAUUAGAGAUCAUCGGUAUUUGGGUUCUCUCCAUAAUUUUGGCUGUUCCUGAGGCCAUUGCCCAUGACUUACAUCAGCUGACAUAUGGAAAAAUGACGCUCAAUGUAUGUCUAGUUCUUCCAAAAACACCCAUAAAGGAGUUCUACAUCAGUGUGAAGGACUGGUGGGUGUUCGUGUUUUAUUUCUGCAUGCCUCUGGCCUGCACUGCUUUCUUCUACACUCUAAUGACCUGUGAGAUGCUGAAUAAGAGGAACAAGAGUUUACGGAUCACUCUGAGCGAACACUUGAAACAGCGUCGAGAAGUGGCCAAAACAGUUUUAUUUUUAGUUGUGAUUUUUGGUCUGUGCUGGUUCCCUCUCCAUCUUGGCAGAAUUUUAAAGAUGACUAUUUACCAUGAGUUUAACCCAAACAGAUGUGAAUUGCUUAACAAUCUGCUGGUAUUGGACUUCAUUGGUAUCAAUCUGGCAACUCUGAAUUCAUGUAUAAACCCCAUCGCUCUCUACUUCGUGAGCAAGAAAUUUAAGAAUUGCUUCCAGUCCUGUCUGUGCUGCUGUUGCCAGAGUCAGGCUCUGAUGAAUGUGAUGCCAAUGAAUGACACUUCCAAACAUGCAAGCUUACAUUGGAAAAACCAGGAGCACAAUAACCCAGCCGAUCGUAGCAGCCGAAAGAACAGCAUGAACUGAAAGGCGGCAGUUCUUGACGACAUCGAGAAAUGAGUAGAGCUUGCACCUUCCUCCAUGUCUCGGACUUAUAACAUCCUCUGUGGUGGAACAGAAGGCAGAAAGGAAAAUGACUUGGACCCAUCGUCUCCGAUUGUCUGUUUCAAACAGUUUGUUUAUGCAUCACUAUUGAAUUAUUUUUGUCGUGAAUAUCAUCAGAAAAUAUUCAAAAUCGUGCCAUUGAUUAGGCCAAGUAUAGUGGAAUAUUAUGUUCUAGAAGUGUCUUUGGGGACCACAAUAGGAUUACAUCCACCAAUGGAACACUAUUUAAACUGAAACUGAUGUUUCACAAUUUUUGUCACUUGGCUGUUACAUGCUCACAUUCAAGAUGAAAAAUCUCUUCACGCACAUGUUCUUUACAUUAAAAAAAUCAGAGAAGUUGGAUCCAUUAACUCCUGUUUUACUUAUGGUAAAACACAUAGAAAUUCCAUUUUAGCCGGGUUAAAUCUUGACAGCAACUAUUUCCAAGUCAAAUUGUGCCCAUGUUACUGCUGCCACCUUGCAAAAUUCACUGGGCUUGGCUGGCAUUUUCCUGGCAUCAAUUACACAUCUAGUGGCAACAGAAGUUCCACAUGGAACAUGUCCUCCUGUACCGACAUAAACUGAGCUCUUGGGGAAUGGUCACAAGGAGAUUAGGAGCAUUGCAUAUUGCAUGGAGAGAUGCCAAUUAUAGGGUCUGUAUAUUUACAUUGAUGCCUUACACACAUCUACGAAGCUCAUAAUUUAUGAUCAAGGUACAAGACUAUUUGCUCCAUCACUAGCAAGGCCAAGGAUUAAACACGUCUGAGUUGCCUGUAACGAUCUCUGAUUAUUCUGCACUUGCAGUGAAACCAUUAGUGGCACAGUUCUUAUUCGGUGACCUGACUAUGACCUGGGGCUUGCCUUACAGCAUCUCCCUCCAGGAGAUCUCUAUGUCACUCAAGUCAAGUCGAGUCAAGUCAAGUUUAUUCGUCACAUACACAUACGAGAUGUGCAGCGAAAUGAAAAGUGGCAAUGCUCGCGGACUUUGUGCAAAAAGACAAACAAACAGACAACCAUACAAACUAUAAACACAAUCAUAAACACACACAUAAUCUUUUACAUAUUAAAUAUUGGAAGGAAAAACGUUCAGUAAAGUUAGUCCCUGGUGAGAUAGGAGUUUACAGUCCGAAUGGCCUCUGGGAAGAAACUCCUUCUCAACCUCUCCGUUCUCACAGCAUGGCAACGGAGGCGUUUGCCUGACCGUAGCAGCUGGAACAGUCCGUUGCAUGGGUGGAAGGGGUCUCCCAUGAAUUUAUUGGCUCUGGAGUUGCACCUCCUGAUGUAUAGUUCCUGCAGGGGGGCGAGUGAAGUUCCCAUAGUGCGUUCGGCUGAACGCACUACUCUCUGUAGAGCCUUCUUGUCCUGGGCAGAGCAAUUCCCAAACCAGAUGGUAAUAUUUCCACUCAUGUCCAUACCACCUUUUAUGUUGCCAAACAUCAGCUGCCACAGAGAGAAUUCAAGGCCUGACGAUCUUAAAAUGCAGCAGGUUCAGCAGAUACAUGUAAGGUGCCAUAACACCUUUUCAAAGUUAUUUUUCAUAAAUUUCUACAGGGGACCUACUCGGGCAUUAGAUGCACUACACAGCACAUUUGUCAUCAAAAAAAGAAAAGAAAUCCAAUUUCUAGUCAUUUGCAUUUUAACAUCUGGGAUCCUAAUAUUUUAUCCCUCAUAUAGCAUGGACAGUAGGGAGGCAGAUUUGGCAACUCAUUUGAUUCAAUUCAAACAUUGUACUCUAAUACGUAAUACAUUUUUAAUAAAAAAUUAUAAUGUAAUCCACAAGAAAAGGAAAAGAAACAUUGCUCCAUUGUCAUCUCGCCUGCAAAAAGCAUCACAGACAUUUAAAUGAUCAGUUAUAAGGAAAUUAUAUCCUUUUCCAUGUUAUGUAUAACCAGUUGUGAUAAUUAUACUGUAUAUUGUUUAAAUCGGUAUAAUUAUUGUCAUCUAGCAAUGUUCACAGAUGUGCAUUUGGAUAGAAAUAAUUCAUCGGUAGCAUUAUAAAAAGACAAUAUAUAUACACAACUGUUCUCUUAAUGUUAGGCACUCGCUAAUACAAUUUAAAAUACUGCAUAGACUAUUACUCAAAGUCUAAAUUGAAUAAGAUCUUCCCAAAUGUCUCCCCUAUUUGUGAUAAAUGUCUCCUCCAAGAAGCAACCAUAACCCAUUCCUUUGCUUCCUGUAUAAAAUCACACAACUUCUGGAGGGGAAUUUUUGAUAUCUUUUCUAAAAUACUUAAAAUAAAAUUGGACCCCAACAUAAAAUUGAUCGCACUAGGUAUGUCAAAAGCCUGUUCUGAGCUAACACUAUUCCAAAGACGCUUCCUUAACUAGGGCCUGAUAACGGCGAAAAGACUAAUGCUUAAAUUUUGGAAACAGACAACAGUCCCUACAGUGAAGAUGUGGGUUACAAACAUGUCCGAGACACUACAUUUGGAAAACAUUAGGCUUGUCUUGGCAGAAAAAACAGAUCAAUUUCUCAAGACAUGGACACCCUUCACCGAAUUCUUACAAGAAUAGUAUGGCGCAACACAAAUCAAAUUUAAAUCCGAUCCUGGGCUGGGUGAGGUGGGCGGUGGGGGGACGAGGGGCAGGUAUAUCUCCACUUUUCUUUUUCUUCUUUUUUAUCUUUAUAUUUUUCGGCCACGCUACUUUGGUAGUUUAGGGAUCUUUUCUUUGUGCUUUUUCGAGCUAUCUUUUCACUUCUCACUUUUUCCCUCUCUUGUUCUCUUUUUCUUUUCUUUUUUCAUUUUCAGGUUAUACGGUUAAAAAUGAAGCUGUACAAUAAUUGUAUAAUCUUAGAUGCCGAAUGUUUUAUCUUUGUACAAUUGCUUCUAAUAAAAAUAAUUUAAAAAAAUUAAAAAUAAAAGAUAAAGCAUUAUAAAAAGACAAAAAUCCCAUAACAAUGUUUUUUAAAUAAUUUAUAUCACAGGAUCUUAAGGGAACACUGUAUGCCUCAGAAGAGUUCAGAUUUAUUGAUGUUUGUUACGAAUUCUGCAGUUCUCCCACAAUAUAGUUCAAACAAAAAUGGUUCUUAAUUUCUCUAAUUUUAUUUAAAUACCUUUUGAGUACUUAAUGCAACAUGCCAGAUACUAUGCUACAAAAGCGACUUCUGAACAUUUUAUAUGCCAUCUGCAGCCAAUUAAUGCUUGUAUUUGUUUUCCAGAUGUUGAGUACAUCUGACGUAUUUUAUAAUGUCAAGCUACAAGUUGUGUGAAGGUGAUAGAUCACAUCACUGGGAAGUUUGCCUUUCUAUAUAUAUUGUCUCUGAAUUUCAGCCACUGAUCUUAGAUAAGGUCAAAGUGUUGAUAGUUUUAUAAUGUUCUAUAACUAUUAUAUACUACAGAGUUAAACUUGUUUUUCAUUUGAUUUUUCAUUAAAUGUGAGAUGCAAAGCCUUAAAAAUGA